UUUUCAUUGUCAUCGUUUUCUGUCGUUACUUCCAACACUCAACCCGUCGGUCUUGUGAGACAUAACAGCUAGUACGCCUCGAGUAUGGGAGCCUGAGGCGGCCGCGCUGUCAAAUCAUAUGGUUCCAUGAUCUACACUUUCGUCACUGAAUCUUGACUAUCUGAUCCAUCGAAACGCUGCAACUUGCCCGGCCGGGUACCUCCAAACGACAACCACCGUAACCAAAGGAAAAUACCAGCCUCGAUGACAAGUGACCAGGAAACGCUGCUGCGUGCUGAGCUACAAUUCCGUUGGAAAGAUCUUGCAAACGAUUUUGAAGAUGGCAAAAAGGUUACGGUUGACUUCCUAGAAUGUUCUAAGAAGGCAGGUGAUACAAAGUACUUCUUUCGCGAUUGCAAGGAGAUACAUUUCAAGGAUCCAACUCGUGGUAAAACCAUUUGGUUGAAAGAAGGAGGAGGUGAAAUUAUUGUGCCACCAAAGGUAGACAUACUUGUUCUUGGAGGGGCGUGGAAAGAAGAAUUUAUAUAAUUUAUCA